GAAUUGUCCACAUUGAUUAGCAUUAAUAAAAAGCAACAUGACUUUAAUCACGAUGAAAAUCUGCUGGCUAUUUCUCAAUCUUUCCCAUGUCGUCUAUGGCAGCAUUCAAGCACCUCCACUACCUGGGCCUCAUAUCCUUGGUACCACCACUCUCCAAGUGACGGACUCAUCUACCUCUCGCAGCCUAAUGCUCUCCCUGUUCUAUCCCACAUCUGCCAAAAACUCAUCUUAUACAUUCGCGCCCUCCUUCCCAGCAGCCACGGCUCUUUAUUUAGCAGAAAGCUACUCUCUUCCUUCCGCAAUCCUCCAAGAGCUUACCUCCCGUUCCUACGAUUCCGCUCCUAUUCUUCUUUCGCAUAGUCAUUCGUUUGAUUUCCCAAUCCUUCUUUUCUCUCCAGGCUAUGGAAAUACGCGACUUGCUUAUACCAUCAUUGCCGAGAAUAUCGCUUCUUUGGGCUAUCUCGUUAUAACUAUUGAUCAUCCUUUCGAUGUCGAAUUCAUCGAAUAUUCAAAUGGCACAAUUGCAACAUGGGUAGAUGAGGAUUUCGAUAACUAUACCGCUGGAAUUCCAUAUGUCAAUGCUCGAGUUAAAGAUAUGCAAUUUGUGUUGAACUCUUUCUCGGAUCCAUUAUUCACUGCCCAAAUUCCUGGCGUCAAGAAUUCUUCAUCCCCUUCUUAUGGAUAUGGAAGAUCUCAAUCAAUAUUCCAAACUAAAACAACCGGUACGUUUGGACACUCAUUGGGCGGAGCUGCAUCUUUCCAAGUUGUGCAUGAUGACUCUCGCUUCUCGUACGGAGUCAAUCUUGACGGGGCAAUCGAAGGUGGUGUUGUACAGAGCGGGCUCAAAAAACCAUUCAUGAUUAUGGCGAAUGAAAAUCAUACGAGAACGGAAGAUCGAGAUCCGACGUGGUAUGAAUUCUGGGCAAACUCGGUGAAGCUUGGAGGUUGGAAAAGAGAUGUGAGGGUUAAUGGGGCGGUGCAUGGUAGCUAUACGGAUUUGGCGGUUUGGGCAACGGUACUGGGGUUGGAGGGGUAUGAGGACUUAGUGGGCACGAUCAAUGGAGUGAGGAUUUUGGACGUGCAGACGGAGUUUGUGGGUGGGUUUUUUGGGAAGUGGUUUUUUGGGAAGAGAGAGAAGGUCCUGGAUGGGCCUAGUAAGGAGUGGCCGGAGGUAAAUUUUGAUUUUUGAUUUUGCGUAGAAUCAAUUAGAAGCUUAGAGAUAGAUGUUGAUAGACGAGGGUGGUUGUUGUCUGUAUAGUUAGUUAUGUUUACUGUGUAAUGUAUCUAAUGGUAUUUCUUUAGUGCAGAUUCCGAAACUUUGAUAUUAUCGAAAUGUGAACUUGUACUUCUGACCUGAUCAUGACAAUUGGCAAUCUACGAUCGAAAGGUCUAUGAAUUUGA